AUGACGCUUUCUUCUGCUUCACUUGAUCUCUUUUCUUGGUCUCCAGCAAGAAAGGAUCUGUUGAUGGUUGAAGAAUAUUUUGUACAGAGGGUGUAGCUACCUUUGCCCUCACACUAUUGGUCGUUGCAGUCUCUCAGGAUGGUCUCACACGUCACCUCAUGGUUCCACACAGCUGUCGUGUUGUUGUGUUUUACACUGAGCAGAACUGAUGUUUCCUGCAGGAAUGAAGCAGGCCAACCUGUUGACUGGUUCAUCAUCUACAAACUGCCCAAGUACAGGAUUGGUGAGGUUGGCAGUGGAGUAGAGUACAUGUACCUGGACUCAUCCGUUGGAAGCUGGACGAUGAGUAAAUUCACAGUGAACAACAGCCAGGGAGCUUUGGGAAACACUUUGAAUCAGCUGUAUUUGGGAAAGACUUAUAUGUCUAACAACUUCAUCUACGCACUCUACAACGAUGGACCUCCAGUCCUGAAAUACAUCAGGGGAUAUGGACACACUAAAGGGGCUCUGCUCUUUGACCGCUCUCAGGGCUUCUGGCUGUCACACAGCAUUCCCCACUUCCCCUCGUUCCCUGAGAGGGGUUACCUCUACCCCUCCUCUGGCAAACGCAACGGCCAGACCGCCCUGUGUGUCACCUAUCAGUAUGCACAGCUGCUCCAUAUAGCAAAGCAGCUGGUCAACCUUUACCCACGUUUCUACAACUGUUCUGUGCCCCCCUCGUUCUCAGCCGACCUGCCGCAGCUCGUCCAGCUGUGUGCGGGCUCCAAGCCUCCACUGGCCUCCAACAGGAGCAUGGAGCAGCUGUUUUCUGCCCGAGGGGACAAGUUUGUCAGCUUUGUGAAAUCUGAGGACUAUGUCGAUGAUAUCUACACAGGCUGGGUGGCUCAGGCCCUGAACACUGACCUCCUGGUGGAGUCUUGGCAGACACAAGGUCAUGAGCUGCCGUCCAACUGCUCGCUGCCCAAACACACCAUGAACAUCAGGAGGAUCAAGCUCCCCACCUCAGUCCACUUCCAGUCUCAUCACGACCACUCAAAGUGGUGUGUUUCGCAGAUCUAUGAGGACCAAGUGACCUGCCUGGGGGAUCUGAACAGGGAGAAGGCUCAGAUGUGGCGAGGCGGGGGCGUGAUCUGCACCUACAACCCUGUGAUUUACAAGGCCUUCAGACAGGUGGUGGACUGGUACAUCGGCUGCUGA